AUGGCACUGUGCGGGUGGUGUCUGCCCCACGCCCGAGGGCUCGCGCUCCUCCUCCUCCUCCACAACGCUGCCGCUCAAGUGUUAACUCCUCCUUAUUUUAAUUUAGCUGAAAACCGUCGUAUCGGAGCGACAGCGACAUGCGGCGAGGGCGAGGCGGACCCGGAGCUCUACUGCCACCUGGUGGGCGCCAACGCUGACAGGGACGCUUCUUCUGACUUCAUCCAGGGAGGACAGUGGUGCGACCGCUGUGACCCCAACCUGCCCGACAAGGCCCACCCGGCGCAGUACGCUAUUGAUGGAUCUGAGCGAUGGUGGCAGAGCCCACCAUUGUCCCGGGGCAUGAAGUACAACCAGGUCAACCUUACUAUCGACCUUGGCCAGCUAUUCCAAGUUGCCUAUGUACUGAUAAAGAUGGGGAACUCUCCCCGUCCUGGUGUCUGGGUCUUGGAACGAUCGGUGGACAAUGGAGAAACUUAUACACCUUGGCAAUAUUUUGCUGACAGUCAAGGGGAUUGUGAAAGUUUCUUUGGAAAGGAGAGCUUGAAGCCAAUCAGCAACGAUGAUGAUGUGACUUGUGUGACACAUUUUUCAAAGGUGGUACCCUUGGAAGGUGGCGAGAUUGUGGUAUCUCUUCUAAAUAAUAGACCAUCAGCAAACAGUUUCUUCAACUCAACAGCACUACAAGAGUUCACAAGGGCCACAAAUGUUCGACUUCGGUUAUUGCGCACCAAAACUCUACUUGGUCACCUCAUGUCUGUAGCAAGACAAGAUCCAACAGUCACAAGAAGGUAUUUUUACUCCAUCAAAGACAUCAGUAUUGGUGGAAGGUGUGUGUGCAAUGGUCAUGCAGAUGUUUGUGAUAUAACAGACCCCAAUGACUUGUACAAGUUGCAGUGUCGAUGUCAACACAACACUUGUGGAUCUCAGUGCGAGACGUGCUGCCCGGGCUUUAUUCAGAAGAAGUGGAGACCAGCAGGCUACCAGGAUAGCUUUGUUUGUGAACCGUGCAAUUGCUAUGGACAUACUAAUGAAUGUAUCUACAGUGAAGAAAUUGAUGAACAAAGACUUUCUAUGGAUAUCUAUGGCCAGUUUGAAGGUGGAGGAGUUUGCCAAAAUUGCCAUCAUAAUACAGAAGGUAUCAACUGUGACCAGUGCAAAUCUGGCUAUUACAGGCCCUUUGACAAAGAACUCAGUGAUAUUGAUGUAUGCCAACCAUGUGAAUGCAAUGUGUUCUACUCUACUGGAAAUUGUACAGAAGGAACAGGGCAGUGUGAAUGUCGCCCUGAAUUUCUUCCACCUCUCUGUAAAGAUUGUAAUGAUGGUUACUAUGAUUAUCCUAACUGCAAACCUUGUGACUGUCAUAGAAGUGGCACCGUUGGUGGUGUGUGUGAAGUGGGUGGUGGGCAGUGCCCAUGCGAGGACAAUUAUCAGGGACUAAACUGUCAUCAAUGUGCCCCUAAUUAUUACAAUUUCCCAGACUGCUUACCAUGCAAUUGCAGUGGGAUUGGAUCAAUAGACGACGCAUGCGAUGCCGAAACUGGACAAUGCAACUGUAAGAAUGAAUUCGGAGGUCGUAUCUGUGAUCGAUGUGAACAUGGCUACUUUCAAUAUCCAAACUGUACAUUCUGCAACUGUGAUGCACAAGGGACUCAAGAGGAAAUUUGUGACAAGGACACUGGGGAAUGCCUGUGCUUGAUUGGCUUCAGUAAUAACCGUUGUGAUAGCAGCGCUCCAGGAUUCUGGAAUUAUCCUUACAUUCUCACCUGUGGAUGUCAUGAGAGAGGUUCUGCAUCAUCUAUCUGUGAUGUGUCUGGAGACUGUGCUUGCCUCGCUGGCUUCUCUGGUCGAGCAUGUGAUCAGUGCAGUCCUGGAUACUACAACUUCCCGGAAUGUAUACCCUGUAAUUGUGAUCAAGCAGGAAGUAUUGGCAUUUCAUGUGAUAUAGAUGGAAAAUGCCAGUGCAAACCAAACUACAAUGGAGCUCAUUGUGACAUGUGCCUUGAAGGUUUUUACAAUUUUCCUUUAUGUGAAGAAUGCAACUGCAACCCUGCUGGUGUACUAGAAACUUUUGGUGGCUGUGGUGAUGCUCCAGUUGGAGAAUUAUGCCAGUGCAAGGAGCGUGUCACAGGAAGAAUUUGUGAUAGAUGUAAGCCACUCUUCUGGGACUUGAGGCAGGAGAACCCUUUUGGUUGUGAGGAAUGCAGAUGCCAUACUCCUGGUACAGUGGGUGGGAUGGCAUCAUGCGAGUCAGGGACAGGCCAGUGCUUUUGCAAGCCCCGAGUCAGUUCUCGUCAGUGUAAUGAAUGCCGGGAUGGCACAUUUAACCUAAUUGAAGAUAAUUUGUUUGGAUGUUCUGAUUGUGGUUGUAACUCAGGAGGUUCAGUGGAUAAUAUUUGUGACAAAAGUAGUGGACAGUGCCGCUGCAGACCACGUGUUACUGGUCUGCAUUGUGAUAAACCACUUCAGCUCCAUUAUUUCCCAACACUCUAUCAGCUCAAGUAUGAGGCAGAAGAUGGCCACACCCCUCAUAACACUGCAGUAAGGUUUGCUUAUGACGAAGAAGUAUUUCCAGAUUACUCUUGGCGAGGAUAUGCUGUGUUUUCAGAUAUCCAAAAAGAAAUUAUCCAGGAAAUAUAUAUUGAAAAACCAUCUAUAUAUCGUAUGGUGAUGUUUUACCAUAAUCCAAGUUACAAAACAAUUGUUGGAAAGAUAAAAAUUACGCCUGACAACCCGAGUGAUACCGAACAGGAAUUUGAUGUGCAUUUUAUACCUACCAAUGGGCCACAACUGCUGACAGUGAAGGCUGUGCCUGGGGACUUUCCUCUCCCUCUAGUUAUGAACCCUGGUCAAUGGUCCAUUGCUAUAAAGAAUAAUCAAAACCUAUUUUUGGACUACUUUGUGCUACUUCCUCUUGCCUACUAUGAAGGCACUAUUUUGACCAGGAAUGUCACCACAUCUUGCAAGAUGGGCCAUGCAAGCAAUGAAAUGUGCCUGCAUUAUGCUUAUCCUGAUAUUUAUCAAUAUAAUUAUAUAUAUGGAUCUGCUGGUUAUCGCAGUUUUAAUGGUGAACGACAUGCUGUGGAAUUAUUUGAUAACACUAAGAUUAUACAAGAACUUGGCACUCAACCAAUGGCUUGGCUGAACCACAAUCAACCUGAUGUCCAGUAUGACCUUCGACUUGCUCGCCCAGGGCGCCAUAUCCUCCUCAUUAACUAUUAUACUCCAGAAGGUGGCACAACCACAAAUGUUGUUGUAGAAACUUCAACUCGCAAGGGUAGAGAAAAGGGAAGAGCUAUCCUUUAUGACUGCAUGUACUCAACAUCCUGUCGUCAAGUUGUCACAGAUGCAAAUGGCAAAGUUGGAAUCUUCUAUUUUGAUAGUAAUUUCAUUAGCCUCGAUAUCAAGGGAGAAACCAAUACAAACAUUGGAAUUGAUUCCAUUGUUGCAGUACCAUAUGAAUAUUGGCAUCAAGACUUGGUGCGUCCACAGCUAGUCUGUACCCGUUUGGGUGGCCAGUGCUUGGAGACUUCAUAUCCACUUUCUCCUGAGACUACAAAAGUUGAGUUUGAAUCCAAUUUGGAAGGAAAAGUGGCUACAGAAGUACCUGAUGGUAUUGCCAAUGGUACUGGUCUUGUUUACCUUAACCACAGUGACCCGAUGGUUGACAUUGUUGGCAAGUUGAGGUCUGCUGGAAAAUAUGUGUUUGUUGUUCACUACUAUCAACCUCAGUACACAGAUGAUGAGCUGUAUGUGAUGGUUGCUUAUGCAAGCCAGAAAGAAUUUGAUGUGGAUGUGUUGAUCCAGAAUGGGCAGUUUUAUGAAGGGUCUUUAACGGUGCAUCACUGUCCCAGCACCUCUGGCUGCCGUGCGCUCAUUAAGCACCCAGAUGGAUCCUUCGUCUUUGAUAUUUUAGAAAACUUUGUCCUUUCACUUAAGGAACCAAAUCAUAAAUCAAUAUGGGUGGAUUACGUUUUAGUGGUACCAGCUCAACAGUUUUCUCAAGAAAUUAUGCACGAACUACCAAUUGAUAUGACUGCAGAGUUUAUUAAGUCGUGCGGAGAAGAUAACUUCAAUAUUGAGGCUAAUGCUACAGGUUUCUGCAAAGAUGCAGCAUUUGAACUGACAAUGGAAUACAACAGUGGAGCCUUACCUUGCCAGUGUGACUUUUAUGGAUCUGCCAGCUUUGAAUGUCAGAGUUUUGGUGGACAGUGCCCAUGUCAUCCAAAUGUUAUUGGUCGCAGAUGCAAUCGUUGCAAGACUGGAUUCUUUGGCUUUCCUGCCUGUCAACCUUGUAACUGCCCCUCUACAGCACUCUGUGAUCCCAUUACUGGUGAAUGUAUUUGCCCACCUCGUGUUGAGGGGGAUCGUUGUGAACGUUGUGCACCUUAUACUUAUGGGUUUGAUCCUAUUAUUGGGUGUGAGGAAUGCCAGUGCUCAUCACUUGGUGUCCAGGCUGGUAAUCUACAGUGUGACUUGCAUACUGGACACUGUAAUUGCAAGGACUCCAUUGUUGGCAGAAGAUGUGAGCGGUGUGCAGCAGGCUACUGGUCCUUCCCAUUCUGCCAGCUGUGUGACUGUGACUUGCGUGGAACUGAGCAAGAUAUAUGUAGCCAGGAUGAUGCCAGUUGCUAUUGCAAACUGAAUGUUCAAGGUCGUUCCUGUGACACAUGUCGAUCAGGCUCUUAUAAUUUAGAGGAGAGUAAUCCUGAUGGUUGCACCAAGUGUUUCUGUUUUGGCAAGUCUGAAUACUGCUCCUCAGCUGACCUUUACUGGCACGAAGAAGAGGUUGAUGAUAUGUCUGCAUGGGGUGUGGUAGUCCUGGAGCAGGCACUGCAGGGGCUUUCCUCUCUAUCAAAGACAACUCUCACUUUUGACUCACUGGAUGAACUACCAACAUAUUACAAGGACCUUAUACAGCAGGACUUGGAGGGCAUAGAUGAUCAGUUCUCAGAAAAACAAGUCUUUUUCGCUGCUCCUGCUGCUUACCUUGGCAACCAUGUUAUGUCUUAUGGAGGAUAUCUCAAGUAUUCACUCUUAGUUGUAGGAGACGAAGAAUCUGCUGUUAUUGGGCCUGAUGUUAUCUUAAAGGCAGGUGACAUUAUUGCCCAACACUUCUCAUUAGAAGAACCGUCUUCCUCUGCAGUUUUUACUGCUGAAAUCCGAUUGACUGAACACAAUUUUAGAACAAUUUCAGGUCUACCAAUACAGCGAGAUCAGUUCAUGAUGCUUCUCUAUGGACUUGACGGUAUUUUCAUUCGAGCCAAUUAUUGGACUAAUUCAAUUGAAGCCAGGUUGUUUAAUACAAGCAUUGAUAUUCCUACGGAUAAUUGGGCUGGCCCAAGCUCAAGGCCAGCACACUCGGUGGAACGCUGCCAGUGUCCAGUUAAUUAUGAAGGUUCAUCGUGUGAAGACUGUGCCCAAGGAUAUUACCGUGCUGAGCGAGGACCCUUUGGGGGAUACUGUGUCCCGUGUCAAUGCAAUGGUCAUGCUGAUGUGUGUGAUAAACAGACUGGCAAAUGCUUGAACUGCCUUCACAAUACAGUUGGUGACCAUUGUGAAAUGUGUGCACCAGGAUACCAUGGAAAGGCCACACAGGGAACUCCAUAUGACUGUCUUAUCUGUGCCUGUCCAAUGCCAUCAAUUACUAAUAACUUUGCAGAGAGUUGUGAUUUUCUGGAUGAUGGGUUCUCCAUAAGAUGUGACUGCCAAGAGGGAUACAUUGGGGAUCGGUGUGAGCGUUGCGCUGCAGGCUAUUAUGGUCAGCCAGAAAUUUUAGGUGAUAGGUGUGAAACCUGUGAAUGCAAUGAAAACAUAGAUACAAGAGAUCCUUAUGCCUGUGAUGACAUCACUGGACGUUGCCUGGUUUGCCUCAAUAAUACAUAUGGCAAUUCUUGUGAACGAUGUGCUCCUGGAUAUUAUGGCGAUGCCAUUACUCUUAAAAACUGUGAAAGUUGUAGGUGUGAUGAGUGUGGAACUCGCAACUGUCAACACUUUUCCGGUGUAUGUGAAUGCUAUGGUAAUGUCAUCGGAGACCAGUGCGAGCAAUGUGCACCCGACCACUGGGGAUUUGCUUCAUGUCAGGGCUGUCAACCUUGCCAUUGUGAAGUAGCAUCAUUGAGAAGCCAGUGUGAUGAAGGCACUGGUCAAUGUGAGUGUAGAAGCGGAGUCACAGGCCAGCGUUGUGAUCAUUGUAUGCCAGGCUUCUGGAACUACACUCCGUACGGAUGUCAAGAAUGCACAUGUCGUGAAGGUUUCAGUGUAGGUGUUGGUUGCGACCCCGGGACUGGUCAGUGCCAGUGUUUACCAGGUGUUAUAGGAACAAACUGUGAGGGAUGCCCCUACAGAUGGGUUCUUGUUGAUGGUGUGGGAUGUCAUGAAUGUGAAGAAUGUGUUCAUGCUCUGCUUGAUACAACAGAAGAACUCUCAAGACUCAUUCAACCUACAAUCACUGAAUUUGAGACUGCAGCAUAUAGUUAUUUCCUACACCAAAGGUUGGGUGUUAUCAACUCAACUGUGUUUGAACUUCGGCCUCAAGUGGAUUUGAUGGACAUUACUGAGGCUGAAACUUCUCCCCUUCAGAGUCCUCUUGCAACUAUAGUAAAAGAUGCACAAGUAGUGGCAGCACAUAGUGGAAUUGUGUUUGAUCGAGCAGGAAGUGCUGCUGAAAAUAGUUUUAAUGUUCAUAUAGAUGCAUUAAAGGUUCAAGAAAAUAUAGAUGCAGCCUUUAAUUUAGCACGAGGAAUUAUUGCUGAGGUUAAUAGACUUGUAAUUGGUCUAGAAACAGGCACAGGUGCCCAGUUGGAGCAAGCUAUACGGGAAGCAGAAUCAGUGGUAGAAAAAAUGGAAAAACGUAGUUUUGAAGGGCAACGUGAUAAGGUGGAAGUAGAACUGGAGAAAGCAAAGGAAAUGCUUGACAACAUUCAAACAUUCUAUGAUCCAAUUAAGGGCCAGCAGGAAAUAAUAGACACUUAUGAAGAACGUAUGAAGAGCUUUGAAGGCAAGAUAAAAGAAAUUAGAGAGUAUAUUCAGAAAGCAAUACACCAGACAAGAGAUGCAGAGCAAAUGAUCCGCAACAAUAAAUUAUUUGGGUACAAUUCAUUGAAGAAGAAACUAGAUGAAAUACGUCGUCUAGAUGGCCAAAUUAAUACCGAACUGGAAGAGUCUCAAGAGCUCAUUAACCAAGCCAACCAGAAUCUUAUCAAUGCAACAGCAAACUAUGACAUGCUUGAUACAGAAAUAAUGCAUCUUCGUGCAGCAAAAUCCACUUUGACUGACAGUGUGACUCUGAUGAUGAGGGAAUUAGAAGAGGCAGAGUUACCUGCUCAGAAAGCCCAAAGUCAUGCUGAACAGCUGAGAAUAAGGGCCGAGGAGCUAGAUGGCUUACUAGCUGAUACACGUGAAGUAUCAGAGAAGGCGCUUGCUGCAGCUAGUGCUUAUGAGGAUAUUGUAUUUUCUAUUGAUGAUGCAUACAAUGCCUCUCUUUCUGCCAACAUGUCUGCUUUAAAAGCUGUAGUGAAGUCUGAAGGUGUGAGUGACCAAGCAGUAGAGUCUCAAGCAAAUUCUGAAGAAAAGUAUGGAUCAGCAGAAGUUCAUGCACAACAAGUUAAAAGGGAGCUGCGUCCUCAGCUUAUGCAAGCCCAAGUAGAUGUUCGCACUCUAAAAGACUUAAACUUGAAUAUAAGCAACUCACUUGUUGUUAUUGAAAGAGGACUGGAUACCCUCGAGAAUGAAGCAAUUUCUGCUGGUGCUGCAAAAUUAAAGGAAGAUGCUGUUCAGUCCAGUGAAGAAGCUGAUGGAGCCAUUCUCACCAUAUCUAAUGUUGAAGGGUUAUUAACUGAAGCAGGUGACAAUGCACGUUUGCUAAUGAGGAAUGUAGCUGAGGGAGAAAAGGCUAUAGAACUAGCCCAUAAACAAGUUGAGCGAGUGGAGCAAAUAACUCCAGAGAUGACUCGGCUUGCUUCUAAACUUCGUGGUCAAAAAGAAAAUAUUCAAACUCUUGGAAUUGAUGUUGGGAAUCGUCUGGAAAAGCUACGUCGCACAAUUCUGAAGACACGUGAUUUGGCCAACAAGAUUAAAGUGGGUGUAUCAUUCCUGCCUAACACUACAAUAGAAUUAGAAAAUCCAGAGGACCUGACUAAAGCUGCCACUUCUACAAAGCUUUCAGUGUUCAUUCAAACAGAAGAACCAUCAGGACUUAUUCUCUUUAUGGGCACACCUGUUGGAGGUAGUCAGCGAAUGCGUCGCACAACUACUGAUGAUUUUAUGGCCCUUGAAGUGGACCGUGGUUUUGUACGCCUCACUAUGGAUCUUGGAGCUGGUGCACACACUAUUGAAUACAGCAAGUUGUACAUUGCUGAUGGUGUUUGGAGUAAGAUCACUGUGGAAAGAACCGGGAAGUUGGUGAAGUUAUCUGUGGAUCGUGAAGAAAUGGAAGGUGAACCAAUGGAGAAAGUAUUACCUGGCAGGUACUCAGUGUUCAAUCUUGAUCCAAAAGUAUCCAAGAUUUACAUUGGUGGAAUUCCUGCUGGAAUUGAUGUUAAUAGUGCCAUCAGUAGUACUUCAUUCUAUGGGCAGCUGGAAGACCUUCGUCUUAACGACCAACCCAUUGGACUGUGGAAUUUUAUGACAGAUGGUACUAACAACAAUCAGCAACGUGGUGCUUUGGAAAGGGAUCGUCUUGUUGAUCUGGCACCCCCAACUGGUCUUCGAUUUAAUGGGAAUGGGUAUGCAGCUAUGGAUACCCGUAAUGGUUACCGCUUCAAGAAACAGUUUGAUUUACAAAUGGACUUUAAGACAUAUGCUGAAGAUGGCAUUCUUUUCAUGAUCGAUGGAGGACCUAAUCAGUAUAUGGCUGUGGCAAUGGAGGAGGGUAAUGUGAUAUUUCAGUACAAUCUUGGGUCAGGUGUUGUUACUAUGAAAUCAGUUGAUACUUACCACGAUGGAGAGUGGCACCAUGUGGAAGUUGCCAGGCAACAAAAUGGUGUAUUAAAGAUUGGCUCUGAGACAAUCCAGGCAGAAUCUCCUGGUAAUGUUAAACAGUUUUCAAGUACACCAGACACAAUGUUCUUUGGUGGCUACCCUGGAGAGCAUGAUCUCAGAGAAAUUACAAAUGAGGACUUUAAUGGAUGCAUCGACAACAUUGUCAUGUCCUCUGUUGCUGUGGAUCUUUCUAAGAGCAAGGAGUCUUUUGAUACAGCUCCUGGUUGUCCAAUCAAGGUUGCAAGUCUCGUGUCAUUUGACAAAUCAGCUCCAGGCUAUGUCAGAUACGGAAGUCCCGAGGGUAAUGGCUUGCAACUUGUGUUCAAAUUCAAGACUGAUGAACCAGAUGGUCUAAUAUUGUACACAUCAACUAGGAAUCAAGAGAGCUAUCUCUCUCUUUCACUAGCAGAAAGUGCUCUCAUCCUUCGUGCUGCCCCAGGAGGAGAGCUCACCACAGGUUCCUAUGAUAAAUACAAUGACAGUGAAUGGCAUGUCGUCAUUGCUACUCGUGAACAUAAUGAACUUCGCCUUGAUAUAGAUGAUUUUAAAUCCUACAAAGUAAAAGUAGCUGAACAAGCUGUACCAUUUGAUGGACCAGUAUUUUUUGGUGGAGUUCCUGAGAUUUACAACAUAGCUGCUGCAGCCUCAGCCACUGACACUAACUUCUAUGGCUGCAUUGGAGAUGCUACACUUAACAGCAAAAUUGUGAACUUUGCUGAGAGUCAAGAUCGACUUAAUGCACAUCUGCAGACGUGUCCAUUGCAGAGGAGUUCAUCCAUUUUUGAGAAACCAUCCAUUGGGCAAGAAGGGGUGAGAGCCAACGUUAGUGACUAUGAAGAUUUUCCCAUCAUUGCUGAACAACCCACAGUCCCAGAUGUGGCGGAAGAAGAGUUUGAGUCAACCCCUCACCCUACCUUAUUUGUGUCCUCUACCACUGAUGACUUAACUACCCUCCCUACAUUCCUAACUACUACUACUACUACUACUACAAUUAUUAGUGCAUCCUCCACCACCACCAUCACUGCACCAACAGAGGAAAUACGGCCAGAAGUGUCUCAGACUAUCCCAACUGAUGGAUGUGCCUUACCCAUAGAACCACAAGAGGAGGAUGUUCCUCCAAAUGAAGGCUUCCGAUUUGAUGAAGACUACCCUAGCGGCUAUGGAUUUGGUAGCAAACGUAACAGCCGGAUUCAGUUCAAGACCCUGCCAGGUAAUCCACGUGCAGACUUCAAGUUUUCUUUCGACUUUAAAACAACUGCUGAUGAGGGUAUUAUCUUCUAUGCUUCUAGUGCAAUACACCGUGACUAUAUCACCUUCUAUCUUAAAGACGGCAAGAUUGUGUUUGGCUUCAGUACUGGAAGUGGAGCUGCACUGAUGCGGUCUGAACAGUCUUAUAACGAUGGUGAAUGGCAUAGAGCAAUUGUGGAACGACAGGAAGAUUAUGGAGCACUGCUAAUUGAUGGUUUCCAGGUUUCAAAUGGCACUAGCAGAGGAGACUCCAAAUACAUUGACUUGAAGGAACCUUAUUAUUAUGGUGGUAUUGGUGCUGAUGUUGUAGAACUCAUUCGACAAAAUACCGAAGGCACCGAGCUCUCCUUUAAUGGAUGUUUGAGAAACUUCCGCAUGAAUAACCAGCGUGUAGGUGGUGCACAUGAGGCUUUCCACCUUGUACGCUGUUCUGCAAAUGUAGAACCUGGAAUCUUCUUUGGAGAUGGACCUCGUGCUAAUGUUAUACUGCGCAAGCGAUUCAGUGUUGGUAGAGUGUUUGAAAUGACACUAGACAUAAAGCCAAGAGUAAAUAGCGGUGUCAUUGCCUCUGUUCAUGGCAGGCGGGAUUUUGUGAUUCUGCAGUUAAGAAAUGGAAGUGUUGAACUCAGUGUUGACAAUGGCAAAGGUAUUAUCACUGCCAAGUAUACUCCAACACACCCUUGGGUGCUGUGUGAUGGCAACUGGCAUUCUAUUCAGGUUAUCAAGAAUAAGAACAUUGCAAUUCUUGUAGUUGACGGAACAUCUACCAAUCCUGUGUCAGGCAAGAUCGGGGCUACUUCAACUGACACAAAGAACCCUCUUUUCCUGGGUUCACAGCCUCUUGUGCAGAAACGACGUGGAGGAGCCACUAGUGAGAAGUAUGUUGGCUGUAUGAGAAAUGUAACUGUCAAUAAAGAACCAGUUGCUCUAGCAUAUACCACCUUUGUUGGUAAUGUCAAUGCUGGAUCAUGCCCCACCAUUUAGCUUUACAUACACAAGUUUAAUUUAAAUGGUCAAUUUAUUAAUAUUCGAAGUUUAUUUUAUCUUAAUAUUGGCAAGGAAUAAUUUAAACAAGCAAUACUUAGAAUGAUAAAAUAUGCAUAUUGAUAAUUAUUUUAAAUAAUGCCAGUUAAUGAACAGAAUGUGUAUUACAUGAUAUUAGUUAUGUGUAUUUUGAAUCCAGAAUUAUGAGAAGUCAUACCUGCAAAAGUUUGACAAUCCUAUUUAUUUCAUGUUAAAAUAUUUUCUAAAAUUUAUUACAUUUUGCAUGUACAGUAGUUUAGUACAAAUUGGCAGAGAUAAAUAAAUAUUAUACAGUAUAUGUAUCUGAUUGCUGUAUUAUGGAUAGUUGACAAAUUAACAAAAGAUAUGCACAAUAAUUUUUUGUAACCUUUAGUAAACAUUUUGCAAAGUUC